AUGGAUGAGAAGCGGCAGAAGCAGCAGCAAGUGAAAGUAGAAGAGGAGGAUCGGAGCAGCAGUGGUGAUAGCGGAGACUACACGUCGGAAGACGAAGGGACCGAAGAUUACAGGCGCGGGGGCUACCAUGCUGUUCGAAUCGGCGACAGUUUCAAGAACGGACGAUAUGUCGUUCAGAGUAAGCUUGGUUGGGGUCAUUUCUCCACCGUCUGGCUCGCUUGGGACACUCAAAUUUCCCGAUAUGUGGCUCUCAAGGUACAAAAAAGUGCUCAGCACUAUACCGAAGCAGCCAUGGAUGAGAUAACCAUCUUGCAGCAGAUUGCAGAAGGAGACCCUGAUGAUAAAAAAUGUGUUGUAAAGCUUUUGGAUCAUUUUAAGCAUUCGGGUCCGAAUGGACAGCAUGUUUGCAUGGUUUUCGAGUACCUAGGGGAUAACCUGUUGACCCUUAUCAAGUAUUCUGAUUACCGGGGACUGCCCAUUCAUAAGGUCAAGGAGAUAUGUUUCAAUGUCUUGGUGGGUUUGGAUUACUUACACAGACAGCUUUCUAUUAUACACACUGAUCUAAAGCCAGAGAAUAUAUUGCUAUUAUCAAUGAUUGACCCAUCUAAGGAUCCAAGAAAAUCUGGUGUUCCUCUUAUUCUUCCAAAUAGUAAGGAUAAGUCUGCAUUGGAGUCUGCGAUUGCAAGAUUAAAUGGAGACUUGUCUAGGAAUCAGAAGAAAAAGGUUCGAAGAAAGGCUAAGCGAGCAGCUCAGGGGUGUGUGGAGAAGGAAUUUUCUGCUGAAGCAGAUGCAGAUCCUGAAACAUCUGCUGCAGAAGAGUUGUUGGGUAAUGCAAAACUAAAUGUGGGUUCUACUGAAGAGCAGCCUACUAGGUCAGAGAAUCCAAAUAGAUUAUCCGAUGUUGAUGGAACGAAGGGCACUGGAAUGGGAAAUCAGGGAGCUAAAAGGGGGAGCCGCUCCACCAGGCAGCAGCUGUUGGCCUCAGCUGAUCUGAAGUGCAAGUUGGUGGACUUUGGGAAUGCAUGCUGGACAUACAAACAGUUUACAAAUGACAUUCAAACUAGACAAUAUCGGUGUCCAGAGGUGAUCCUUGGAUCCAAAUAUUCUACAUCUGCGGAUAUGUGGUCCUUUGCUUGCAUUUGUUUUGAGCUGGCAACUGGUGAUGUGCUUUUUGACCCCCACAGUGGUGACAACUUUGACAGGGAUGAGGUAAGGAUUUCUUUCAGAAUUAUAAUCAUUCUUUCACGAUCUUUCUUGUACUGCUUAUAA